CUACCAACAGUCAGAAACAAGCUGAGAAGACACGUUGUCCCUCAUGAGGCGGCUCUCGGGGCGACAGAGACGCUCCUCCUCUGCAGGCUGGGCAGCUGUGGAGCCGCUCUCCCUCCUCCGAGCGACAUCCAGCUCCAUGGGGACACACUUCACACACCGCUGAUCUUCGUCCACUGCUGGUGGUUUUCAUGACUUUUCGGCUGCGGAAACAUUUUCUGGAGUGGGAUAUAAAGCAUCAAACCUGAAUGGAUUAUUACUGAGCUUGUAAAGCAGGAUUAUUAGCGAAGCACUUUUAAUUAGAUUUUCAUGAGGACUCAGUCUAUGUCUUCUGUCGGACGAUGGCUCACACAGUCUUCGUCGUGCACAUACUUGGUAUUAUUCUGGAAAUCAGUUAUGUUGCCGCCACUGAACUGCGGUUUAUGCCUGAUCCACCGACGCUGAACAUCCAUGGCAUCCAUAGGAUGAACAAAUCUGAUAACUUGGAACUUACCUGCAGAGGUCGCCUGGACUUGAGGUGGACGACCCCUCCUACAAGCACACACUUCUCCACCAGUGACUGCAGGGGAGCAGGACUUUUCUGCACAACACUGAGGAUCUCCAAUGCAACUGUCAAUGAAACUGGGCAGUAUCAGUGCUCCUAUAGAGACCUGAAAGUUGAAGAUGGCAAGACUUCAGCAGCAGCUUAUGUCUUUGUUCAUGAUUAUAAGAUGCCGUUUGUGCCAUCUGAAAAAGAAUACGAGCUGGUGUUCAUCCGUGAAGGAGAGCGGGUGGUGAUACCGUGCCGAGGGUCGGUGGAGAAUCUCAACGUCACGCUCCACACUAAGCAUCCAGAUAAGGAGCUUUAUCCCGAUGGCAAGGAUUCUGUAUGGGACGCCAGGACAGGUUUUACCCUUCCCAGUUAUCUCAUCAGCUACGCCGGUGUCGUGUCCUGUCAGACUCACAUUGGAAAUGAGACAUUUAAGUCCCCUCUCUACAUUGUGGCUGUUGUUGGAUACAAGAUCCAUGAUCUCACCGUGACCCCCCCAGAAGUGAGGCUGUCUGUGGGGGAGCGGCUGGUGCUCAGCUGCACUGCCCGCACCGAGCUCAACGUAGGCAUUGCAUUCAACUGGACACAGUCUGGUCAACCCGUGACCUCAGUGAACGGUUCGAGGGUCCCCCCGUGGAUGUCCCACAGGAAGAAGCUGUGGGACUCUUUGGAGCUGUCCAGCACUCUCAUAGUGGACAACGUCACUAUCGAUCGCACCGGAGAAUACACCUGCACUGCAUCCAGUGGGCAGAUGGAGAAAAGUGCCUCAGCAUUUCUUAAAGUGUAUGAAAAGCCUUUCAUUGACAUAAAAGAGCCGUGGAUAAAAGUCUUGGAGGUAAAUGUGGGAGAUCAAAAGCCUACACAGAUCUCUGUCAAGUACUCAGCCUACCCUGAGCCCAGCUUUAAAUGGUUAAAAAAUGGCCUACCACUCAGGGAUGACUACAGAAUAAAACAGAGGAGUGAUGCUCUCAUUAUCCGUGGAGUCACAGAAAUGGAUGCAGGGAACUACACAAUAGUCUUGAGCAAUAAGAAUACUAAAGAAGAGCAGACACGCUCCUUCCAGUUGCUGGUCAAUGUUCCUCCUCAUAUCAUUGAAAAGGAGGUUGUUGUGCACACUGAUGUCUAUCCAUAUGGCAGCAGCCCCACACUGAGGUGCACUGCUCGUGGAUUUCCCAUACCUACGCUCAUCCACUGGCAGUGGAUGUCAAAAGAGGACUGUCCAGAUGCCUUUCGGUCAGGGCUGAAAAAGUCUGAGACACAGCUGGUGACGUGUACAGGUUGGAGAGAUAUCAGCAACGGCUCCAGUCACAACCCUGUGGAACAAAUUCUGACUGACAUUGAUCAUGCCCAGAAGAAAAUCGUGGGCUUGUUGAAGAUUAAGAAAGCUGAGGCUCAUGCCCUCUACCGAUGCACAGCUGCCAACAAAGUAGCAGAGGAUUCACGCAUCAUCUUUUUCCAUGUCACACGUGGCCUUGAGGUCAGCAUCUCACCAUCCAGUGAACCCUUAGAAGAGGACCAUGUGGUUAUGAGGUGCAAGGCAGACAACCUCAUUUAUGACAACCUUGCCUGGUUCCGUGUGGCCAACAUCUCAGAGUCAGUUCAGGUGGCGUUGGUGCAGCCCUGUCGCUCCCUGACGCUGCAGCAGAAGCCCCUGUCGCAGGCCGUGCUGUCCACCUCGCAGGGCACCAAUGUAACCUUGGAGCUGCUACUGCCAAAUGCGUCUCGUCACGAUGAGGGUCUAUAUGCUUGUCAAGUGGAAAACAUCAAGACUAGGGAGAGAACCUGUCUGCUACGCCGUCUUUCUCUCAGAGGUCUUGAGGCUGCAAGGAUCCUUAAUAAUUUUACUGACCAAAAAGUUAACACGAGUGCAACGAUAAGUCUCCUCUGUGAUGCUGCUGGGACACCAACCCCAACAGUGGUGUGGACCAAAAACAACCGCACUCUGGUGGAGGGCUCCGGCGUGAUUCUGAGCCAGCAUAACCAUGUUUUGACCAUUCAGCGUGUGAAGAAGGAGGACAGCGGCCUGUAUACCUGCACUGUGUGUAACAGCUUCGGCUGCGACACCUCACAGACCUUCUUGACUGCUGAAGGUGCAGAGGAAAAGACUAAUGUGGAAUUGAUUGUUCCUAUUGGAUCAGUGGUCAUCGCCAUGUUUUUCUGGUUACUCAUCGUCUUUGUCAUCCGUGGAAGAAAGAGGCCAAACGGCGGGGAUUUGAAGACAGGUUACUUGUCCAUGAUCCUGGACUCAGAGGACAUGCCCAUGGACGAGCAGUGUGAAAGGCUCACCUAUGAUGCUAACAAAUGGGAGUUUCCUCGGGACAGGCUGAAGCUAGGUGAACCACUGGGACGAGGAGCAUUUGGUCAGGUGGUAGAAGCAGCUGCCUUUGGCAUCGAGAAAGCUGCCACAUGCACUACUGUUGCAGUCAAGAUGCUUAAGGAGGGAGCCACAUCCAGUGAGUACCGUGCUUUGAUGUCAGAGCUGAAAAUCCUCAUCCAUAUUGGACAUCAUCUCAAUGUGGUGAACCUGCUGGGAGCCUGUACAAAGCCUGGUGGGCCACUGAUGGUGAUUGUAGAGUACUGUAAACAUGGAAACCUCUCCAGCUACCUGAAGAGCAAGCGUGGAGAGUACAGCCCCUACAAGAGGAAGCCAGUGGACAGUCAGAAGUGGGCAUCUGCAGAGGAGGAUGUGACCGAAGGGGAUCUGGGUCUGGAGAAGAUUGCCCAGCUGGACAUAUGCACAGGAACAGCUGUCUGUUGUGCAGCUGGAGACAAGGCUACAGGCAGCAACAUGGACACUCAGCAAGAGAGCUCAGACUAUGACCAUCUGACCAUGGAGGACCUGAUAAGCUACAGCUUCCAGGUGGCCAAAGGCAUGGAGUUUCUGUCUUCUCGCAAGUGCAUCCACAGAGACCUGGCAGCCAGAAACAUCCUGCUUUCAGAGAACAAUGUGGUGAAGAUCUGUGACUUUGGCCUCGCUAGAGAUGUCUACAAAGACCCCGAUUAUGUCCGCAAGGGAGAUGCACGUCUCCCUCUAAAGUGGAUGGCUCCAGAGACCAUCUUUGACCGGGUAUACACUACACAGAGUGAUGUUUGGUCAUUUGGGGUUCUCCUCUGGGAGAUCUUCUCCUUAGGAGCCUCUCCAUAUCCGGGCGUUUGCAUUGAUGAGUCUUUCUGCAGGAGGCUUAAAGAAGGCACCAGGAUGAGACCCCCAGAAUACGCCACCACUGAGAUAUACCAGACCAUGUUGGACUGCUGGCUGGAUCGUCCCACAGACAGGCCGACAUUUGCAGAGCUGGUUGAACAUCUGGGCAACCUGCUACAGGCCAGCGUCCAACAGGAUGGGAAGGACUACAUCCCGCUGACAGCAGGAGAAGCAGAAGGCUCACCAGUGACCCCUGACCCCAGGAGCCCCUACAUGAGGCCACAGAGCAGGGAAAUCCUGGAAGCUCAGCUCCACUACGACAGCCCACCAUCCCUUGGACUGUCCCAACAGAGCGAGUGCUGCGGUCAGCCCGUCAGUGUGAAGAUGUUUGAGGACAUCCCUGUAGCGCACAGCAGUGUCAUGGAGGGUCACCUAGACAGCAGUAUGGGCUUCUCAGCAGAGGAGGUCAAGGGUUUGAACCAACAACUGCAAACUACACCAAACCUCAGCCAACUGCUUCGCUGUAAAAGUAAAGAAUCUCUGGCCUCAGAAUCAUCCAAUCAAACAAGUGGAUACCAGUCAGGAUACCACUCUGAUGACACAGACACCCCAAUCUAUGCUAACGAGGAGGCGAUCAUGAAGCACUGCAUGCUGAAGAAGCCUCCACUGCCCAAGACGCCUGACGAGUUCAGCAUGGAGAUCCGCUACAGCACACCACCUGUCUGAUACCAAACAUCCCUCCCCAGUGACCCGAGUCUUCCCACUGUACAGUAUUUGUUUGUUUAGUUUCCACAGUUUUUACACUUUAGGUGCACUGGGCCUCAUUCACCAACAUCUUCCUAGGUGUUUUCUUCAACUUCUUCAUAGGUUGUUCUUAAGAAAGGUCCUAAGAAAAGUUGAUGUCUGAUUCAUGAAUGAUCUUUUAAACCACAGAAUUGUUUGCACCCGUGUUCUUUUAUUGAUGAAACCCAUGUGUUUCUAAGUUGAAAACAUGCCAGUCGUUCCUAAUUAGCAUAAGUUAAUGCCCCACCAGUGCCCAUAAAAGUGCAUGAGACUGCAGGACUGUGUGCACACACCUCACACAGAAAGAGAAAAGAGAUGUUGAGAAAGCCUGGAAUGUUAUAAUGAAAAUCUAAAGACAGUGGAGCAACAAAGUCCAAACCAAAGAAAAACUUGAGUUAUGCCCAGAGUGAUCUGUGCUGGAACAACGCAUCACAGCCAUACCUGGCUCUCUCGGGUGCCAUCAGCUGAGCAGACCUCCAUGCAUGCGCCCAGGUCCCUUCAUCUGCCCUGAGUCUGAUCUCAGAUGCGAUACUGGACAAGCAAAUACUUACACACUGGCCAAAAUAUCAGAGACGCUUAACAAAAUCAAGAGAAAUUAGAAAAAAAGACAUGCAUUUAAACAUGCUGGGUUUUUAAGUAACGUGUUUCCUAAUUCUAAGCUACAAACAUUCACACUGUAAAAGUUCAUUGUAAAACCUUAAAAACAAACUAUUGCUUAUUGUAGCAUUUAUUUUAUUUUAUCAUAAUGCUUUGUAAAAUAAGGGGGAAAAUAAACAAUAAUAAAAGUAUUAUUGCAACUCAAGUCUUAUAUUAUGUAAGUGUAGGACUGAAGAAACCUUCACACACACACACACACACACACAAAUGUGCAAAAGUGUGAUCUUGAGAGUGAGUAGAUUCUGUUUUUACCCAAGAACAAGUCCCAAAUAAGAAAACAUUGGAAAAUGCCAGAAUCUUUGUGAAAACUUAAUAAGUGGAUUUUAAAAACAAAUUUGUUCUUAAGAACAGUUGGUGAGUGAGACCCAGUAACCCCUAAUGAGGUAGAGAUUUGCUGGCUGUGGUGUUGACAUGAUUUUACACAACUUAAUAAUUCAGAAGGGAAAAAUAAAGGUUGUAUGAUAAGCUAGAAGUGCAUCACUCCUUGGACAGCCAGAGGAAAGCUAUCAUGUUUACGCAGCUAGUCAAAGGUCUGGGCAGCCAAGACACACAGACUUCCUAAGGCAAAAUCCACCCAUUUCCUCCUUUGCAGGAAAUGGCAUCUGGAAUUUUUAGAUAAUUGAAUUGGCAAAUGUUUUCUUUUUCUACUUUUAUUAUGUUUUUUGUUUUGUUGGCACAAUGAAAGGCUAAUAAGGAAACAGUUCUCUAGAAACAUUUUUGACUGAUCUGAGUGUCGUAUUUGUACAGUUCCUUUAUUCGUAUAUGUUACAGUAUUUUAUAAAAAAUGUAAUA